CUCAGUCAUCGUUGUAAACAAGUGUAGAUUUUAUUGUGACAUUUCUAUCCUUUCCUGAAAUUUUUAUUCUCAUGACUCGAAAACGAUGGAGGUUAUAGAAUCUUUAAUGAAUAAGGCCGAUUAUUUAAUAGAACAAAGUCAUGAGAUGCUGGUUCAGGGUGGAAGUGCUUCCAUUCAAGCACAGCCACUCUUCAGGAAGCUAGCUGCAAUUUAUGCUGAAGAAGCAGUCAAAACACCAAAGCUGAAGAGCAUUAGUUUAACACACAAGCUUCUUGAAAAACUAGUGAAAAGAGAAAGUUUGAAUUGUCUGGUUGUAAAUCUGUACCGAGGCAAUGAGGGCUAUUCUCUUGCCAUUAAGAUGUCUUCUGGACUGGAGACUGAAACUGUAAGAUUGUCAUAUGAAGAGGACGAUUUUCUUAGUUAUAUCGAUAAUGAAAAAUUACCCCCAAUGUUAUUAGAUCUGUUGGAUGAAUCCAAUAUUGAAAUAUAUUAUUCUGGUUGUGUUAUUGCUGAAAUAAGAGAUUACAGAAGAACUCUGGACUCUUCAUACGAUACUAGAUAUGUUCUUUUACAACCAACAAGUCAGUCAUUGGCAGCAGACAUUGCAGCGAUGACGCGAGACCGUGACUGGACCCCAGAGGAAAAACUGCACCUUGAGGCUGAAAUUGUCAAGCGCACUGCCCCUCCCCUAAAUCUCUCUCCAUCACCCAUGGUGGCUAUUAUAAAUAAUAAACUUCAUCAGCGUAAAUACAAAUUCUCAACAGUCCCUAUUAAAAGAGCAGCUAGAAGAUUUAGUCAGAUUGCACAGAAUCGUCAGAAGAAAUCUGAAGAAGCUCCAGCACCAAAAUGUCUAAGAUUACAUAAUUUCCUCAGUGGGAAAAAGGACAAAAGACCCAUUGCCAAAGCAAUAACAAAGCCUCUUAUUCCAAUGGCCAUGGAUGAAGCUCCAGAUUUAACUGUUCCAGAAAAUAUAGAUGUUUCAAAAGUGGCACGUACAUAUGAACGACCAAAUUAUACUACAGAUAACUCUCUUGUAUUCAUUGAGGAAUUGGUGCUUGAGACUGAAAGAGGACAGGGAAGGAUCUACCACACAAAGCUGACAAUAUCUCAAAGGAAGACAGAUGAGGUCUAUUUUGGCGAAUUGUAUGUUGACCGUGAUUACCAGGAGGGAAAGCAAAAUGGAUCCACGUGCAAAUUUCCAUUGGGAACCCAGCAGCAGGUGUGUCGAUACAUUCAGCAGUUCAAAGAAAUAUUUACUGAAGACUGGAGGAAGAGUGUUAAAAUAACACAUAGGGUGGCAGGGCAAGCAGCACUCUCCACAUUCAUGCCUGGAACCUACAAAAAGGAUAUAGCUGACUCUCUCAAACAAUCUGCUGCACAGCAACCUGGCCAGCAGCAGAUUCAAGUGCAAGCACAACAACAGCCUCAACAAGCACAGCAGCAACCACAACAACAACAACCAAUACAACAGCAGGCAGCAGCUGCAGUAGCAGCAGCAGCUGUAGCAGCUGCAGGAGGACCUACAGGAGUUGCUCCUGCUUCCUCUGCUACCACACUGGCUCAGCACACACAGCCUAAUGUCAUUAUUGUUUCAAAUGGUGAAGGUGUCAAAAAGUCAGUCACUGUUGUAACAAAACCUAUAACUGUGUCAUCGGCAUCAACACUUACCAGCCUUAUAUCAGCUCAGCCUGUUCAACAAGCUGCAGAUUCAGAGUAA